AUGAGUACACCCCUCCCCGACCCGCCAAUAACAAAAACACCAACAAGACACCCAACAACCUGCCUCGCCGUCUCCACUCCCCUCCUCUCCACACUCCGACGAAUCCUGCCCCAAAAACCUCUUUUCACCCUCUCAAUCGGCAGCGGAGCAGGCCUCCUUGAAGCACUCUUAGCACAGCAUGACCAUGACCAUGACCUCUCCGCAACGAUUGCAGUGGAAGGGGUUGAGGUGGGCUCCGCUGUGAAUCGGUAUAUACCGGAGCAGGAUAUGCACGUUGUUCCUGGCGCGUGGGCUGUUUCGGGUAGGGCGUUGGCUGCGGCGGCUUGGUUGUUUGUUUAUCCUAGGGAUGUGGGGUUGGUGGCGAGGUAUUUGAAUAUCAGUCGGGGGAGGGAUGGGGAGAGGGAUCUGGAGAGUGGAAGUGGAGGUGGAGGCCGAGGUGAAGGUGAGAAUGAAGGCAACGAUCCAGCUGUGAAUGUGCAAUUGGUUGUCUGGCUUGGUCCGAGGGUCGACUGGCCAGAUUACGAGAAUGUUUUUACGAAGUCACUAUUCUCGGAGUUGGCCUUUUUGGGGGAGGCAGAAGGGCUGGCGCCGUAUGAAGUUGGGGUUGUUGCGAGGAGACGCGUGUCCUGA